AUGCGCUUAGAUCGGGGCCAUCGUGACUGGAGGGACAUAUACCUGAAGAAGUCUGCGAAGGCCAUCCUACGGCGCUCGCAGUUCUCCCCUCACUAUGGAAACCCGUACAUCUCGGUCAACAACUCCUUGCUGCGGCCGGAGUAUUUGCUGGGACGACUGAAGCAUGCCGAAAGGCUGCACAGGAGUACGGCCAACUGGAACAACUACAAUGCGCUGAAGUCUGCCAACGAUGGUUACACGGCCGCGAUCAAGGACAAUAUCCUCACGAAGCAGUUGCCAACAACAUGUGCCUCCAGAGUGCUCAAGGGGUUCUGUCCUCCUCAAAAUGCCACGGUCACAAAGCUGCUGGAAAAAGCAGGCAUGAUCGUCUUAGGGAAGACCAAUAUGGAUGAGUUUGGCAUGGGCUCGCAUUCAAUCAACUCUGCUUAUGGGGCUGUGACCAACGGUGACCCGCGGCGCGCAAGUGCCCUCUCAGUCGGUGGGAGCUCCGGCGGCAGUGCGCUUGCCGUGGCCCAAGAUCUCGCCCACAUUGCAAUCGGCACCGAUACUGGAGGCUCAAUUCGACUGCCUGCGGCCUACAUGAGCCUGGUUGGCUUUAAGCCAUCUUAUGGUAUGAUAUCGCGAUAUGGCGUGGUGCCGUACGCCAACUCCCUAGACACCGUGGGAAUCAUCGCGAAGUCCGCCGCGGAUAUCAGACUCACAUUCGAUAUUCUCCGGAGACCGGAUGCAAGCGAUCCCACUUGUCUGACUGCUCAGUCUCGAAAGCGAAUACAGACGGCCAAGAACCGGCGCAGGGUGUCCGUACUGGAGUCCAACAUUCUCUUCACCCCGGCCUUUACUCCUCGAGAAAUAGCUCCCCCUGCACAGCGAGCUAGGGCACGGAACAUGUUUCUUUUCCAACGGAGCUUUGCCCGACGUAUUGGUGUUCCGUUAGAGUACAAUAUCGCCGAGAUGCAUCCCUUGGUUCGCUGGGCCUGGACGGCAACAUUGAGCCAUUUGCAGAUGUACGGGUUCGAGAUUGUUCCCAUUUCGCUACCAUCCACCAAGCAUGCGCUGUCAUCAUAUUAUGUUCUUGCUCCCGCCGAGGCCUCCUCCAACCUAGCCAAAUACGAUGGUGUUCGAUACGGCACUCCGCGCACUCGUCCCUCCGACGACGAUGCUGGCCGCCUUUUUUCGGGUUAUCGUCAUGACAACCUGGGGCCCGAGGUUCAGAGGAGAAUCCUGCUAGGCACAUACAGCUUGAGCGCCGGGGCGAUGGACAACUACUUUAUCCAGGCCCAGAAGGUCCGGCGCAUGGUCCAGAAAGACUUUGAUGCUGUUUUCAGAAUGCCGCAUCCUUUCCACGAAGAAGCUCCUGUCAACAAGGACGGCGUGGAUGUGAUCAUCGUGCCCACCGCACCGACGCCUCCGCCUCAUGUUCGAUUUCUGAAGGAUGCCGGUCCCGUCGAAUCAUAUAUGAAUGAUGUCUUCACAGUCCCCGCCAGUCUGGCAGGACUUCCAGCAAUAUCAGUGCCUGGACCUCGACAUCCUGAUUUUCCAUGGAAAGCAGAGCGGGCGGUUGGUAUACAAGUAAUCGGGCAAUAUGGCGAUGACUUCUCUGUAAUCUAUUUCGCACAGAACUUCCUCACCAACUUUCAUAACAUGAAGACCUUGGAUCGGCUACAACAUGACAAAAUGUUCCAGGAAUCCGCCUACUAG